AAAAUUAGAGAGAGAGAAGAGAGAGAGUGUAAUUGGUGGAAUGAUGACCGCCGAUGUGAGUUCAAUGGUGAGAAUGAUGAACGGCGGCGGCGAUACGAAUGAGUCGGGAAAAUCGACGGCUCCGAUCACUAGGGAUUUGCUUGGGGGGUGUUGUACCCUUGAUUCUAAGGAGUUGGACCUUGACGUACAAGUCCCCUCUGGCUGGGAAAAACGCCUCGAUUUAAAGUCAGGAAAAGUGUAUCUUCAAAGAUGCAACUCAUCAAACUCAUCCUCCACAACUUCAGAAAACAACAACAAAAAAUUUGAAGAAGAUCUAAACCUCCCACCAAUCACAAACCAGAAGACGACGACGACGCUGAAUCUUUUCGAAGAUUCCUCGUUGGAACUAAAGCUGCUGACGUCGUCGCCCUCCACGUCAUCAAACUACCAGAGCAGCGUGUGCACGCUCGACAAGGUGAGGUGGGCCCUAGAGAGGGCCGAGAAGGAGACCGCUAGAAAACGCUCCUUAUCGAUCAUGUCCGACAAAUCUUCAUCCUCCCCGCCGGGGUCCACUUCGUCCUCGUCGGUGAAGGACAGCUGUCGCGAUCGCGACGGCGACGAGAAGUCGUCGACGGCCACGGUCGCCGCCGGAUGCCCUAGGUGCUUGCUUUACGUGCUGGUUUCGAGGGGCGACCCGAGGUGCCCGAGGUGCAACGGUGAUGUGCCGUUGCCCGUGGGGCCCGCGAAGAAACCUAGGAUUGAUCUUAAUAUUUCUAUUUGAAUUGGCCCAUCUUUUUUUUUUUUUUUUUUUUUGUAAAGAUAGGGGGGAAAGAAACAGGGGUUUAUAAGUUUAAAGAAUGGUAUAUAAAUGCUUCUUGGAAAUAUUUUAUUUUCUAA